AACUAGAACAUGAACUCCUAAAAGUCAGGGUCUGGAACCUAUCUUUUUGCAUACCUGUUAGUCCAAGCACUUCGGGAGCGCACAGUGGGAGUUCAGCAAGUACUUGUUGAAUUCAUGAAUGAAUCUCAUUUUAAAUCAAAGUCUAUUACUUUACAUGUCCUAGAUUGAGAAUGAAUCCUACGUAGGUAAACACUGUGAAGUAACUGGCUCCUAAAUGUUUUUAAGGAUGACCACGAAGAAAGGCUUCACUUAACCAAAGCCAGUUUUUCAAGAGCCUGCCCGGUCUCAUCACAGUUUCAGCCCAGGCGAGGGAGGGCCCCACCUCCCUCCCUGCCAAUCAAUCGCUCCUCGCGCCUGCGCAGACACCGCCCCCGGAGCCACGCCCCAGUCUGCGCCCCGAGACUGUCGCCGGCAGUUAGGGCCGGCGGGAGCCUGUACUUCACUACCUCACCCACUAUGACGAUCACCUACAGCUGCAUUGCAAAUGGCCGAGCGGUCCUAGCGGAGCUGGCCCUAACCGGCGGCUCUUAUCAGGAAGCAGCGGCAACCGUGCUUAAACUGGUGCUUCUUAGAGCUGAACCAAAGACCAUAAUUCAAAUGGGAAGCUUUGUCUACCAUACUCUCUUUAUUCACGGAAUCACUUACCUAUGUGCCUCAGACAAUGCCUUAGAUACUGUAACACCAUCUGCAUUAAAGAACGUUAGUGAGACUUUUCUGAGAAAUCCUUUGAUGUCACAAGAACAUUUUUCUCCGUCAAAUGCAGUUGCUACAGAUUUUCAACAAGUAUUAGGAAAGUAUAUGGAAUGUAACCUCCAAAUGAAAUACAAUAAAAAUCAAGAGGACAGCUCGAUAUCCGCACUGAAGAGUCAAGUAACUGAUGUAAAAAAUGUUAUGACCCAAAAUAUCGAUAAAAUUUUGGAAAGAGAAGAAAGAUUGAAUAUCUUCACUGAUAGAACAGAUGAUCUGCAAACAACUGCCAAAGAAUCCCAAAACACAAGAAAGAUUCUUGGGAGGAUAUGGUAGGAACACUUCAAAAAGAUUAUAGUCAUCACCAUGGCCAUUCUCCUUUCAAUCAUCAUCAUUCUUUUAAGUACAAAUGUAAUACCAUCUUGA